CGCCCCAUCUCCUGCUCGAGCAAAAGCGGAGCAGCCAAUCAGAGCGAGGACUGACGGAAACGACCCAAUCCUGGAGCCGGACUGUGGGCGGGGGCGAGAACAAAUGGCUCAGGUGGACUACUCGCUGCAUCUGCUUUGGGGCUUUGCUGCUCUUGCUGCUGCUGCCGCUGCCGCUACCGCUUCUCCAGCUGGUGCUGCCGCUGCUGUGCUGGGGGUCCCGUCACCAGCUGGGUAGCCUGUAAGACUGCACUGCAACUUCUGCCAGAGUGACAAAGGAAGCCUGAUGGUUUAUCACCACUUCAGGCCCAAGAAGUUAACCUGACAACAGAUAAACUGUGGGGAAAGCAAAAGACAACCAAAAAAACCCCAAAAAACUACCAACACUACAAUGAAGAUGAGAAGCAAAAAUCCCUCUCGGGUUGGAGGGAAGUCAUGAGCCGUUUCUUGAACGUGUUACGAAGCUGGCUGGUUAUGGUGUCCAUCAUAGCCAUGGGGAACACGCUGCAGAGCUUCCGAGACCACACCUUUCUCUAUGAAAAGCUCUACACAGGCAAGCCGGAUCUUGUGAAUGGCCUCCAAGCUCGGACUUUUGGGAUCUGGACGCUGCUGUCAUCAGUGAUUCGCUGCCUCUGUGCCAUCGACAUCCACAACAAGACGCUGUACCACAUCACACUGUGGACCUUCCUCCUCGCCCUGGGGCACUUCCUCUCCGAGUUGUUUGUCUUUGGGACCGCAGCUCCCACGAUUGGCGUCCUGGCACCCCUGAUGGUGGCAAGCUUCUCAAUCCUGGGUAUGCUGGUUGGGCUCCGGUACCUAGAAGUAGAACCAGUAUCCAGACAGAAGAAGAGAAACUGAGGCCGGUGUUACCACCUCCGAGACUUCGUCUUCCACCUUUGCUGUCCCCUUCCUUCAUCCUCCCUCCUCUUUCGUUUCUUUUCUGUAUCAUCCUGAGCACCCUUACCACUGCUACCCUUUUAGGUUUGAGGUUUUUCUUACAUUUAAAAAUUUUGAAGAUAAAACCUUCAUACAGAAAAGUAUAUAAUGUGUACGUACAAUGGAAAGAAUCAUUUUAAAUAAUUGAAUACUCUGUACCGUCACCCAGAUCAAGAAAUUUCCAGCACCUCAGAAACCCCGUGUGCCCUUCCCCUAGCUACAGACUCUUCCAGGAUCCUUUUGCCAACCUUCGGCUUUUUUCCCAUUUAUUUUCAUCCCUUCCUCUGACCUGUGUGGUGGGAACACUGAACUAUGAAACUUACAGCUGCUGCGUCAUCCAGAGCAGCUGCCACCAAGGGCUGCUUCAGGAGGUCGCCCUCCCAGCUUGGGCUCCUCUCUGCUGCUGGACCCAAGACUCUGAACCAUCUGAGGAACAGGCAGUUCUUCUAAGAAGGGCUCCCCUGUGAGUAAGCAUGGCUCAUAUACUUGUGUCUACAAGUGGGUCAGGGUUGGAAGAGUCUGGGCUGUUUUUAGACCUUCUGGUCAGCUGUAUUUGUGUAACAAAUUUUGUAAUAAAUAGAAAAACCCUCCGCUUGGA